GCGAUCUUCAAUUGGACAUCCCAGCUAGGAAUAGACAAUACCUCACGACCACGCACGCAUAGAAUUAUCUAUUGCAUAGAAGAUAGACAUGCGGACCGGACAUCCCACCCCGCCGACAUCUUCCCUCCCGCCCCUACCACGCCUUGCGACCCACACGCUCGCGGAGGUCACUACGGCGAUCGACAACCUCCGCUCGAUAUAUAGCGCUCCGGCCCUUGUAGCCCUGCCACGGCCUAAGUCGUUCCCGAAACACCUCAUUCACGAUACCUCCGUACCCGAUUCCGGUUACGCCUCCGAGGAAGGCGACGAGGACGAAUGCGACGAGGACGAGGACGAAAUCAAUCUUGACAUCCUCCGCGCGGACCCCUUCGAACGCGAGUUCGCCAUCCGCUGGCUCACCGGUUUCACCGCGCGCUCCGAUACGUGGGUGUACGCGGACUACUGCUCUGAGGACGAAUCGGACGCGCGCGCGGCUCUUGUGGACGCUGCUGCCUCCCUGCUUGGCACGUUCGCUGGAGAGGACGAGGAAGAAGCGGUCACGCGGAUCUUCACGUUCCCCACCGGCUCCGGGACGUGCGACAGCGGCUCCGAGCCCGUCCAUGUCGAGCUGAACGACGCCCCGUUGCUCAGCGACGACCACACUUCCGUCGGGCUGCAGAGCUGGGGCAGCUCCAUACGCCUUGCGGAUCGAAUGUGUUUGGACCCGAGCACGUUCCGUCUCGCCCGGGGUCAGCGCAUCCUCGAGCUUGGGGCGGGGACGGGCCUGCUGAGCAUCGCUGCUGCGAAGCUCCUGGCCCGUUCGCCCUCUGCUGCAGGCACCACUGUCGUCGCGACGGACUACCAUCCCCAGGUUCUCGACAACCUUCGCGAGAACGUCUCCACGAACUUUCACUCAUCUCCGGAGUCUUUCGUGAACGUCCUUCCGCUCGACUGGCAGAACCCGGUUUACGAAGGCCCGCUCACGAGCAAGUUCGACGUCAUCCUCGCGGCGGACGUCAUCUACCACCCCGAACAUGCCCGCUGGAUCAAGUUGUGCGUGGAGGAUCUGCUCGAGGCGCACGGGGUCUUCUGGCUCAUUAUCCCUCUCCGCCCGACGGGUCGGCACGAAGGCAUGAGCAACACGGUAGACGCGAUCUUCCCUCAUGUUCCGGAAGCUCGGGGCGCGACAGAGAUGUUGGCUAUCCUCGGCGUUGAAGAGAUGAGGAAGCAGGAUGGCGUGGGCCGUGCAGACGAAGGCGGGUACAAGCUCUACAAGAUCGGCUGGUCGCAUGACUCUGCCUGACUGUCCUACUGUAGCUUUCUUGGGUAUUUGCGAUGCGUAGAAGGGACUCGAAUAUACGUGGAGUGUAUAGUACACACUUUUAUACAGAUGCUAAUAAUAUCAUAAACAAUUAUGCAGUUGUUUUCCGUUCAUCGACACCCGCCGAGGAUGCUCAGCGGCGUUGGCUGAGGCCGCACAAGACGUACGCAACGUCCAUCAGGUCGUCGUCCGGGCCGCUCCGUGCGACUUCGAUCUCGACCGUCAUUGGCUCAUCCUUCUUGCCCUCUCCCUCGACCAAAACUUCCUUCUUUACAGCGAUCGUGCUGUCGCUCUCCUCAUCGUCUGUCAUGCUUCUGAGCUCUCCUAGAGCGAAGCUGCUCGCAGGUGUCGUCGGAGCGUCGGUGAAACCGCCCUCGGUGUCUGUGUCGCCAUGCAUGUCAUAGUCCGCCACUGGAAUGUCUUCGUCCUCUUCCUCUUCAUCCUCCUUCGUCGCCUCUUGCGUCCUCGAAUGAGCGUGGUCAUGACUCCGCUGCAAUCCGCCGCUUGGAAUGUCUGCAGUCGACUGAUUCCUGUUCCGAUUGGCGUCCCGGUGCCGGUGCCUCCUCUCUCUGUCCUUCUUAUCCCUCGUCCCCUGCAUUCUCGACCUGGACCUAUCCCGCUCCUGCGCGCUGGCCCCUACGAUCUCCCUCGCACAGGCGUACUCCAGUGUGAUCCGCCGCCCGCCGAACAUGACAAUGUCUCGCUCCGAGCGCGGGACAGGGUCCGGACCAGCAGGAGACGACGGCAUGUUCUCCCACAGCGCGCGAUCCCCUGCGUCGUUCUCGUCCCCCGCCUUUCCGAGCGCAGCCUUGGGCUCCGGGGUCACCGGGCGAGCGGGUGGCGCCGACGAGGACGACGGGGAGCCCGAGGGCACGACGGCAGCCUGGGGCGGGCUCCGGGGAAGGAGCGCGGGCCGCUCCGCGCGCGCGGCGACGUCGUCGAGGGAGAGGUGGCGCGCGGGCUUGUGGCGGACGUGUCUCGCGGCGGGUUCGGGCUGCUCCUGCGCGUCCCGCUCGCGUUUGCGGCCCAUCGCGGAUGUCGCCGAGGUCGACGAGGUGCCGGAGAGGGUGCGUGUGCGCUCGCAGACGGUGUGGAUGGUGUUCCCGGACGCGUCGGAGAAGGGCGAGGAAGGGGGGAGCGGGGACGGUGGCGAGAGCGAGGGCGGGGCGGGGGGUGUCGAUGAGAGCUGGCGGUGCAGCCGACGGUCUGUCUGCCUUUUGUUCUGGAACCAGACGGUGACGGAGCGGAUAUCGCUGCGAGACCAAAGUCAGCAUGCGGAUAAAGGAAGAACGGAAAUGUGCGCAUGCGCGUAGCAACUAGAGCGGAGCGCGCGCGGGAAAUGGAGGCGACGUUCGACGACAAUCGUAAGGUACUCACAUGUCGGCUUCCUUCGCCACCUGCUCACGCUGGUCCCGCGAGGGAUGCGAUGCUUUGUGGUAGAGAUGCUCGAGCAUCAUGAGCUGCACGCUGGUGAAGCGUUUGCGCGUCCGCUUGACCGUGCCGUCUGGAGGAGUCUCAUUGAAGGGACCAGGAUGGGUGGCGGGGCCGGGCAUGGAGUCGUCGGAGCCCAG